UUUGAUGUGUUUUUUUGACCAUACUGUGCAUGAAUAGUCAAGAGAAAUGAUUAGGAGACAUUGUGAUGAUACUUUGCGCAUGAUUUGACAAAGAAAUAAUUCUCAUAAAGUGAUGUAAGCAUUCCAUGUGCUUAUCAUUGUGUUUCUCAAAUAGCCUUUGGGUAAUCCACCGCCAUUUUCUCUACCCUUUUUCCUUUAAACUGUUCCUUUCCUCUUCUUCUUCUUCUUCUUCUUCUUCUUCUUCCUCUUUUUCCUGUUCUUUCUUUUCUUUCUUUUUUUUUCACUUCAUUGAAUAACUAGAGAGAGCCCCCUUAAAAAUGUUCUGGUGAACAGGGUCUUUAAUUGAAACGUUGUCGUUUUCUCCUGGAAAGAAAGACUAGCUUUCUAAGAAUAAGAUUAGUACAAGUCCAAGUUCUGGCAAUAUGGAAGUUGGUGCCACAAGGCACAGAGACAGAGAACUCUCUCCCAGUUUAUAGUCCUGUCAGCCUUUAUGUUCAAUCAAAGAACAGAUUCUGGGUCAUCCUCAGCCAUCCAUUAAUGAUCGUGGAAAUCCAACGGUUAAAAAUACAAUCACAUCACUUGAAACAAUGAGUUAAAUCACACGGAAUUUACUUCUUCCCUUCCAAAGACGACAAGGAGACACUAUCUGUCAUUGUUACAAAUCUCGAGGAAUUUCUAGCCUUGAAGAUUACCCACUUCGUCUAACCAUCUCUUCAUCCAAUACAAACAAAAACCCACCUGCAAUUUAGUCUUAAUAAUAAUUAAGUUUUUUGAAAAAGUCCUUUUUUUAAAAAAAAAAAUAUUUUAAUUUAUCCAAAGAGAAUCCAAAAUGGGGAAAAAGAUUAAAGAAAAAUUUUGAAAAUCCAAACUUUAAUGAUCAAUUUGUCGAUUCAAUUCCAUUGUAGUAUCACUUUUCUGUCAGAAGAUCUUUUAUACCCGAAGCAAAAAAGUUUCCUGUAAUCUGUUUUUUGUUUAUUGGGAACUUGGGUUCUCCAUGAACCGUGCAUUGUUGGUUUCCCUUUUGCUUUUCUGGAUCCGUUUUGUUUCUCCUUCCGUCAGUCUCCUCUCGCCAAAGGGCGUUAACUAUGAAGUUCUGAAUCAGUGGCUGCCUUGAUGUCUAUGAAGAGUAAAAUGAAAGAUGAAAGCCAUGUGAUGGAUGGUUGGGAUAUAAACUCUGUUGAUCCUUGCACUUGGAACAUGGUAGCUUGCUCGGCUGAGGGUUUCGUUGUUUCACUUGAAAUGGCAAGCACUGGAUUAUCAGGGACAAUAUCACCAAGUGUUGGGAAUUUGAGUCAUCUUAGGACAAUGUUGUUACAGAAUAAUCAGUUAUCUGGUCCAAUUCCUGCCGAAAUUGGAAAGCUCUUGGACCUUCAAACCCUGGACCUUUCAGGCAAUCACCUUUCUGGGGAGAUUCCAAGUACUUUGGGUUUCCUAACCCAUCUAAGUUACUUGCGGCUCAGCAGAAACAAUUUAUGUGGACAGAUUCCUAGAGCUGUUGCUAAUCUCAUAGGUCUUUCAUUCUUGGACUUAUCUUUCAAUAAUCUGAGUGGUCCUACACCAAAAAUAUUAGCAAAAGAUUACAGUAUUGCAGGGAACAGUUUUCUUUGCAGUUCUUCAUCAGAGGAACUUUGCAGAGGUGUAGCGAAACCAGCAAAUGUAACUGGUCCAUCUGUAAAGGUUAGCAGUCAUCACAAAUGGGUGAUUUCAGUUGUCAUAGGCAUCAGUUGCACAUUUGUGGUCUCAGUGCUGGUUCUUGUUUGCUGGGUGCAUUGGUACAGAUCUCAUCUCCUCUUUAAAUCAUAUGUGCAGCAAGAUUAUGAAUUUGAUAUUGGUCACUUGAAGAGGUUCUCAUUUCGUGAACUACUAGCUGCCACGGGAAAUUUUAGUUCCAGAAACAUUGUAGGACAAGGUGGAUAUGGGAUAGUUUAUAAAGGAUUUCUUCCGAAUAGAACAACUGUUGCAGUUAAAAGAUUGAAAGAUCCAAAUUACACUGGGGAAGUGCAAUUCCAAACUGAAGUUGAGAUGAUUGGUUUGGCUCUGCACCGUAACCUGUUACGUUUAUAUGGAUUCUGUUUGACCCCUGAUGAGAGGUUGCUUGUCUAUCCUUAUAUGCCAAAUGGGAGUGUUGCUGACCGCCUGAGAGAGACUUGCCGAGAAAAACCAUCUUUGGAUUGGAACAGACGAAUACGUAUUGCCACUGGUGCUGCACGUGGACUUUUAUACUUGCAUGAACAAUGCAAUCCCAAAAUAAUACACAGGGAUGUCAAAGCUGCAAACAUUUUACUUGAUGAAAGUUUUGAAGCCGUUGUUGGGGAUUUUGGGCUUGCUAAGCUAUUAGAUAGAAGGGAUUCACAUGUCACUACUGCCGUGCGGGGAACUGUAGGACACAUAGCUCCUGAGUAUCUCUUAACUGGACAGUCCUCUGAAAAAACUGAUGUCUUUGGAUUUGGUAUAUUACUCCUGGAGCUUAUAACAGGGCAAAAGGCAUUAGAUGCUGGAAAUGGUCAGGUGCAGAAAGGAAUGAUUCUUGAAUGGGUUAGAACCUUGCAAGAGGAAAGGAGGCUGGAAGUGCUUGUAGAUCGAGACCUGAAAGGAUGUUACGACGGUUCCCAGCUGGAAAAAGCAGUUGAGUUGGCUUUACAGUGUACUCAGUCGCAUCCUAACAUCCGGCCAAAGAUGUCUGACGUUUUGAAAAUCCUGGAAAGUCUUGUUGGGCAGUCAGGUAUGGAGGAAGCGCAAGUUGGAACCAACAUUUCAGAGAUGAAUGCUUGUAGCUUCUCAAGGAAUUACAGCAAUGUACUAGACGAAUCAUCAUUCAUCAUGGAAGCAAUGGAGCUUUCGGGACCUCGAUGACAAGGAGGUAUCUAUACGCCUUGAUUGUAAAGAAGUUUUGCUUCGAACUAUUUGUUUGUUAGCAACGUUAAUGUUUGUAAGAUUCUGAACCUCCAAACAAUUAGGGUUAGGGUUUGUUAGUUGGAUAAUUGAUUUGGCUUCCAGUGAAAUAUUGAAGUCACGUAACUUUGCUUCUCCUGUUUAGAAUCGGUCAGGUCUCUGUAUAAGCUUGGAAACAAAAAGGCAAGAGCAUAAACAGACUGUAUUCUGUUGAUAACUAAUUUGCAAAGUUUGUUUUUUUUCU